AGCUAUGCGGAAGCCGUUACGCAGGGAGCUCCCAAGGAAACGCCACGCCCUAAACACAAGGCGACAGCGUAUAAGACCCUAAAGGCACAGGACUUAAAAGAAAAAGACAACAGGCUUUUUAUUAGACUUCCUCCGGACCACCCAGCGCGCAACCACCAACCCUUCGCAAUCAAAGCAGCUAUUAUCACGCAACUAGACCUCGUAAAAGAUACUAUACGAGAAGUCCAACACGUUAAAUCAGGGAUUACAAUCGUCCCAAGCGGUAAAGCUGCC